CAGUUUCCUAAGGGCUGUUCGUAAUGAGCAACAUUGGCGCGGCUGAUCCGAGCGAUGGAUUUAAGCGCUUGUACGAACUGGUUGUGCGCGAAACGGCAGCCGAACGGGAUGCCGGCAGGAGCGCCGCAGGACUACCAGUCGGUGGUGACGUCGGGGCCGGGGCCGAGCCCGGGCAGUUCGAGUUCCUGCGACGACGUCGUACCGCCGCAGAAGAACUGUUUCAGGUUAGUUAUGUUAGGUUCGGCUAGAGUGGGAAAAACUUGUCUGGUGGCUAGAUUUCUGGGCGGGAAGUUCCAGGAAAGCUACACGCCGACUAUCGAAGAUUUUCACAGGAAAUUGUAUAGAAUUAGGGGCGAAAUUUACCAGCUGGAUAUAUUAGACACGUCGGGCAAUCAUCCGUUUCCUGCCAUGAGAAGAUUAUCAUUUUUAACAGGGGAUCUGUUCGUGAUUGUAUUCAGCAUGGACAGCCGGGAAACUUUCGAAGAAGCAAUAAGACUACGGGAACAAAUCAUAGAGACUAAGAUAAACGCGGGCGCGUCUUCCACGGGCGUGGGCCUAACCAGAAAGAAAACCCUUCCCCGCGUCCCCAUGGUACUGGCCGGCAACAAAUGUGACAAGGAAAUGAGAACAGUGACGGUGGAGGAGGCGCAGACGUUCUGCGACAGCCAGGACUCGUGCUGCGCGUUCGUGGAGACGUCGGCGAAGCGCAACUUCAAGGUGGACGAGGUGUUCUACCAGCUGUUCCUGGUGGCGAACCUGCCGCUGGAGAUGGCGCCGAACCACCACAAGCGCGUGAGCGCCAGCUUCGGCGCGCCGUGCCCGCUGCCGCCGUCGGCGCCGGGCCACCACGGCAAGAAGUACCACCUGUCGGUGAAGCGGCGGCUGAGCGACGCGUGCGGCGUCGUGACGCCGAACGUGCGACGGCCGAGCAUCAGGACCGAUCUGAUGAUCAUGAGGACGAAGACGUGCAGCUUGGGGGAGGCGCCCGGAUCGUCGAGCAACUCGCCCAUCCGGUGGAGGAGGGUGGAUAACGGGUGCAUCUUGCAGUAGCGGUUUCGAUGGGAAAUAUUUUCGACAAAGUUCGCUUCCGCGAUCGAAGCGAUCGAAGCCUAUUCAAAUGAAUCAAAAUUUUAUAUUGUAGGAAAACAACUUUGUUGAUUCUAAUUUUCUACGAAACUGUUUUAUUUUUCUGUUGUUGUCUAUGUACUACUCAAAAAUAAUUUUAGUGAGAUUAUAUUAAGUGUUAUGUCGACUCUAUACAUAUCUACUUCUAUACACUAUAU